AGAUCCCCUAAACAGAGUAAAAAAGUAUCAAAGAACAAAUUUAAAAUCACCAAUCCAAUCAAUAUUUGUUUUUAAAAGCUCAAUGGAAUUGAAAACAAACUAAUCCACUUACAAAUUAUCAACUCUUGAUAAUUGUUAUCAUUUACUGAAGUUAGAAGGAAACAAUUGUCAGUUGACCAUUGAAGACUCAGAAUUGGAUGUGGACCCUUGAAACAGACAAACAAACAAUGAACAUUUGACAAGAGAACUCAAAUCUAGCCCAAUUCUUUUUACUGCUUUCAGAUCAACCAUAUCUGUUAGUACCUUUGAAUAUAAAUUGAUUAGUUUGACCUGAGGGAAAGUUGAUUAAAGUCUUAUUUGUUAUUUAUUAUAUCCAAAUGAAAACAAUCAACUAGAGUUUCAAUUGUGACAUUCAAAGAAAUGACCACAUAAGACCCAGAAGAUUUACAACCACACGGAAAAUGACAAUCAAAACUAAUUGAUUGUUUCAGAUUAUGACAUUGAAAAUUUCUUAUCAUUAUAAUGAACUCAAUUUAUUUGUUGUCAAUCUCCGGUAAACUAACAAACACGAUCUUACAUGAUAAUAAUCUUACAUUUAAUACAUUGUAUACGUAAUUACAUUUUGACUAAGACACGUAACCCUUAAUCGCCAUUAAAUUGUUGAUUAAUAUCUAAUCAUUUGAACGUUUUAGUCUACCUCUUGAAAUGAUUAACAAGUAACUUUUAAUACUUUAUUGUUUCGGUAAUUGCAUCAAUUAAGCUUGUAACACAUCAUCUUAACUUAUUUAUCUUAAUUGUUUACAUACGAAAUGAGAAAUACCAGUUGAUUAUCAUCAAUCAUUUGUAAUUACUUGUGUUUGUCUCAUUUUAUCCUUUCAGUGAUUAACAAAUGAUAUUCUGAGGCCACUGCCGAGAGAUUCAAAUCUAAUCAUGAUCAUCAUUUUAAUGAAGAUGCUCAUUGAAAAUCCUUUUGAUUUAAAGUUUCACCUUAACCAAUAUAAUCAUCAUUUAACAUGAUCAACAUUCACAAUUGUGAUUGAAAUUAUAAUCUUUUCCGUAUUAAUUGUAAUUAAAUCUCAUUGUUUUUUCACUGAAACUUGUUGAGCUCAAAGUGUUCAACUGUGAUCUUGUCAACAUUUUGUGAAUAUUUAAUUUUAAAACACUCAAUUGGAUAUCUUAUUGUUAACAAUACGUAAUUAAAAAUGGAAUUGAUUAAAUUCGUUAAGACAAAUAAAUAUAAAAUCUUUAAAACUUUAUUAACUUAUUUGACCUUCUCUGGUCAUGGAGGGGUCAACACUUUGAUAGGCAGUUCAUUACUCGAUCUUCAGAUUAAAGUUCAAACCUCAUUUUCAACAGUCUCGAAACUUAUUCCAGCUCGUGCAAUCGGCUAUGUACUUGGAGCUUCAUCUUGUGGUCUCUAUGAGAAACGUAUAGACGAUUAUCUAAUCCUUUCAAUAUCUAAUUUUAUUGCUGGUCUUUUCCUAAUUCUUGCUCCAUGGUUCAAUAUCAUCGAAUUGAUAUUUGCAAGUAUUAUCAUUUCUGGAUUUGCCCAAGGGGUUUUGGAUAUCUACUGUAAUGUGAUCAUCUUAAGGAUUUGGGGUAAACAUGGAGUCAAUUGGCUUCAGGUUCUUCAUAUGUGUUUCGGUGUUGGUGCUUUGAUUACACCGAUUUUUACUCGACCUUUUCUAUUACCUAACACAGAAUCAGAUGAUACAAAUGUAAUUCUAGCAAAUGGUACCAGCGUCAAUUCAACCCAAACUAAUCAAUAUACACCUGAAGAUGUAAAAGUUCAAUAUUCAUUCAUGAUUGUUGGUGGAAUGCUGUUUAUCGUUUCAAUUCCAUUCUUUUUCUGUUACUUACAUGAUCGAAAGACAAACAGUGAAAACUCAGCUGAACCAAAAGCUGAAGAAAUCCAAUCCAAUGCAAGCACAACCAAGAAGCUCUGUGCAGUUAUAAUGACCGGAAUUCUCGCUAAUUUCGCAUUUGGAACUGAAACUGUAGUGGGUAAUUUGUGUACUGCAUUCGCGGUUAAAGCUGAUAUAAAGAUGGACAAAAAGACGGCGGUUUUAAUAGCGACAGUAUUUUGGUCCAUGUUUUCAUUUUAUCGAUUAAUUUUUAUUCCAAUGACCUUAUUUAUCAAGGAAGGUCGUCUCUUUGUGAUGAAUCUUUUCAUAAUACUCGCUGGUACCUUUGUUCUAGUACCAAAAGCGGCAUCUCAAUCAACAUUCACUUGGAUUGCAUUUGUUUUACUUGGAAUUGGCUAUUCACCAGUAUUCUCAAUCUCUUAUGGAUCAUUGGGGAAAUACUUUCCAAUCACAAACGCAAUGACUUCUUAUAUCUUUGUCAAUGGUGUUAUUGGUGAAACCAUUCACACUACAAUUUUAUCAAAAUUCAUUGAAACUAAACCGAUAAUUUUUACUUAUUAUCUUGGGGCAAUGUCCAUUCUUUAUGUGAUAAUUAGUUUAGCUCUUCCUUAUUAUUGUAAAAAAGUGAUUGGUAAGCCCAAACCUAAGGAAACCAACGAAAUGAAAAAGUUUUAAUAUCUAAUUUUAUCCUAAUCAAAGACCAAAAAAUCAAAGGGUAACCAAAGAGAAAGUGA